CUAAGAAGAAUCUCAGCAUUGUGUAAACAAAAGAAUUGCAAGUCCCGGGCUUCAGGCAACAAUAUAGAAUCACAGGAUUCUCAAGGUCAGUGGUGCCUUACAAGUCAUUUGUGUAGUAACAGUAGAAUUUGAAUACAGACAAAACCAAAACAUCUAGUUAGAGUUCUUUAAGACCAUUAACAAUGAUCUCCCAUUCUAAAUUCUUAAAUCCGGCAGCUGGCAACAUUUCAGCAAUUCCUUCUGGUUCCAUCUUAAGUAAACCCCGUUUCUGAAGGAAACUUUGGGGUCCUCCAGCUACCACCAGGAGAUUCCUUCCUUCAUUGCGGGAAUAUUUACUAAGAUCUAUCAGUUGUUGAUAUUGAGAUUUAAUCGAUCCAACCUUUAUUCUCAUGUUGCUUACAAUAUUUUCGGGAACUCGUUACUUUUCCAUAUGCAAACAACUUUGAAAGUUCAAGUGAGAAACACUGGAAGUGUGAUAGCUGGAACUGCCAGUCCUCCAGAAUAUAGUAAGAGAAAGGAGCAAGAGAGACCAGAUGGGCAACAAUUAUACAGUCCACACUUGAGGCAGUGAACACCACGAUCAGAGGCGUCGCUGAGGAAAGUCGACAGAAAGGACAAAUAAGAAGCACCUUAGUGAGAAAAAGUCAGAAUCUGAUUCACCUUUUGGGAGUUUUGCUAGCCAUUUUAGGAAAUUUGGUAAUGAGUAUUUCCCUAAAUAUUCAGAAAUAUUCUCAUGUCCAGCUGGCACACCAGGAACACCCAAGGCCCUACUUCAAGAGCAUGUUGUGGUGGGCUGGGGCUGCUCUCAUGGCUGUGGGGGAGACGGGCAACUUUGCAGCCUACGGAUUUGCUCCCAUUACUCUCGUUGCGCCAUUAGGCUGUAUAUCUGUUACAGGUAGUGCCAUUAUUUCUGUUAUGUUUCUGAAAGAAAACUUAAGAGCUUCAGAUUUACUAGGUAUGACAUUGGCAUUUGCGGGAACAUACUUAUUGGUGAACUUUGCCCCAAAUAGAAGUCAAUCUAUCUCUGCAAGAACAGUACAGUAUUACUUUGUUGGCUGGCAGUUCCUGAUCUAUGUGAUUUUAGAAAUAUUAAUUUUCUGCACUCUGCUAUAUUUCCAUAAGAGAAAGGAAAUGAAGCACAUGGUGAUACUGUUAACCCUGGUGGCACUUCUCGCCUCGCUGACGGUUAUCUCGGUAAAAGCAGUCUCAGGCAUGAUCACUUUUUCUGUGACGGAUAAAAUGCAACUAACUUAUCCCAUCUUCUAUAUCAUGUUUAUCAUCAUGAUCGCAUCUUGUAUUUUCCAAGUCAAGUUCCUGAAUCAAGCCACGAAACUCUACGGUACAACGACGGUGGUGCCGGUCAACCAUAUUUUCUUUACGACCAGUGCCAUUAUUGCAGGUAUCAUAUUUUAUCAGGAGUUCCUUGGCGCAGCUUUUCUAACUGUAUUUAUAUAUAUUUUUGGGUGUUUUCUGUCAUUCCUUGGUGUGCUUUUGGUCACAAGAAACCGAGAAAAGGAACAUCUGCCACAAUCUUACAUUGAUUUUGGAAAUAUUCCUGGGAAACAAAUGUUGGACAAAAUACAACCAGAUUCAAAUGGCUUAUCCUAUGGAACUUUGCCUGAUGGAAGUGACUCAACAAAGAGCCAAAGUGGAGAGAAGAAAGAGGUCUAAGCCGCAGAGAGGGAAUGGCUGCUGGCCUGUUAUUCGAUACCACCUUUAAA